AUGAAUAGUACGAGUUGUGGGACAUAUGACAGGGCUAGGGCGUACCCCACAGGCGACGCGCAGGGGCAGCACCCGGCUCCUGUGGGAAGUGGGCAAGGGUUGUCGCACCUUACGGAGCGGGUGCGACGUAAGAGGCGAGCCCGGAGAGAGAAGAAUGUCAGAGUGAGGUUUGCAAGCUGGAAUAUAGGUACGAUGACUGGAAGAGGAAGAGAGUUAGCAGAUGUUUUGAAACGACGAAGAGUGAAUGUUGCCUGUUUGCAGGAAACAAAAUGGAAGGGCAAUAAAGCAAGAGAGAUUGGGGAGGGAUACAAGUUUUAUUAUUGUGGAAGUGAUGGGAAGCGAAAUGGAGUAGGAGUUGUGUUAGAUAGUGGAAUGAAAGAACGAGUGACAGAUGUGAAAAGAGUAAAUGACAGAAUGAUAGUUGUUAAAUUAAUGAUUGAAAACAAAGUAGUGAAUGUUGUAAGUGUGUAUGCUCCGCAAACAGGCUGUGAAGAGAGUGUGAAAGAGAAGUUUUGGGAGGAAUUUGAUAGUAUGAUGAUGGGAAUACCUGAGCGUGAGGAUGUUUAUAUGGGAGGAGAUUUUAAUGGACAUGUAGGGAGAGUGAAUGACGGGUAUGAAAGAGUACACGGUGGAUGGGGGUACGGAGUGCGGAACCGUGAGGGGGAAGUUCUUCUGCAAGCAGCAUGUGCUUUCGACCUGGCUGUAGUAAACACGUGGUUCCAAAAACGAGAUCAGCAUCUUGUUACUUAUAAAAGUGGCCACCACGCGACACAGAUCGACUAUCUUCUGAUAAGACGGAACCAAAUCAAGAGUGUAAAAAACUGCAAAGUGCUUCCAGGUGAAGACUUAGUAUCCCAGCACCGAAUUCUGCUGGCUGACAUCUGCUUAACUGUUCGCCUCAACAAACAUAAGGAUCGUCCCCCACCCAAAAUAAAGUGGCAUUUGCUGCAUAAGGAGGGGUAUGCAAGUGAAUUUAGAGAGCUAGUUGUAAACAAGAUGAUAGAGAUGGGUGAUAUGGAAGGAAUGAGUGUGAAUGAGUGCUGGAAGGAAAUGGCUGAUUGUAUCAGAAGUGUGGCAAGGAAGGUGUUAGGAGAAACAAAAGGGAAGCGUAUGAUAGAUAAGGAUGGGUGGUGGUGGAGUGAAAGUAUUAGAGAAGUUUUGAGAGAAAAGAAAAAUGCCUUUAAAGAAUGGCAGAGCGUAGAAGACCAGAAUGAAUCCAUAAAAGAAAGUAAGAGAGGGGCGUAUAAAGAAUGUAAGAAGAGAGCGAAGAAGGAAGUUGCUAUUUGUAGGGCAGAGGCGCACGAUAAAUUAUAUCGGUCCCUUGAAAGCCCCGAAGGUCAAAAACGACUUUUUCAAAUUGCAAGAGCGAGAGAAAGGAAUGGAAGAGAUGUUUCACAUGUAAAAUGUAUAAAAGAUGAUUCUGGAAGGAUUUUGACUGACGAUGAAAGUAUAAAGAAGCGAUGGAAGGAGUAUUUUGAGAAAUUGAUGAAUGAGGAGAAUGAAUGGAAUGGUAUGCUUGAAAACCCACCAGUGAAUAUGGGCUUAGUGAGAGAAAUUAGUGUGGAAGAAGUAAAAAUGGCUGUUAGGAAUAUGAAGAGUGGGAAGGCGGUCGGCCCAGAUGGAAUACCAGUAGAAGUGUGGAAGUUGCUGAGGGCGGAUGGAUGGAAGUGGUUGAGUUUAUUUUUCGGUAAAUUGUUGCAGGAAGAACAAAUACCUGAGGAAUGGUGCAGUAGUAUACUGGUUCCCAUUUUUAAAAACAAAGGAGACGUUCAAAACUGCAGCAGUUACCGGGGAAUAAAGCUCAUGUCACAUACGAUGAAAGUCUGGGAAAGAGUAAUAGAGAGAAGAAUGAGAGAAGAGUGUGAGAUAACACAAAACCAGUUCGGAUUCAUGCCCGGUCGAGGUACGACAGAUGCCAUUUUCGCAUUACGCCAAUUGUGCGAAAAGUACAAGCGCGUGCAUAAAGAUCUGCACAUGGUUUUUGUCGACCUUGAAAAGGCGUACGAUCGGGUUCCCCGUGAGGUCGUGUGGUGGGCGUUAAAGAUGAAAGGUAUGCCUGGGAAGUAUGUGAGGUUGGUCCGUGCUAUGUACAGAGCAUCCCGUACAUGUGUACGAUCUGCCGCGGGAACUACGGGCGGUAUCGAUGUGGCGGUAGGGCAGCACCAAGGGUCGGCACUGAGCCCUUACCUCUUCCUACUGAUUAUGGACGCUUUGACGUCGGACCUGCAGGAUGAGGCACCCUGGUGCAUGCUCUUUGCCGAUGACAUCGUGCUUGUCGGGGAAGAAGGCAUCGAGGUACAGAGCAGACUGACGGGGUGGCAACGGAGGCUGGAAAGUGUUGGCCUGAAGAUCAGCAGAUCCAAAACCGAAUAUCUGUGCUGUGAUUUCGGCGGUCUUUCCAGUCCUGUACCCAUGUCGUUGGAUGGCGCUAUACUGCCUAUCUGCUCAGAUGUCAAGUACCUCGGUUCCCUCAUUCAAGGCGACGGCGGAAUAGAUAGAGCUGUGCAGCAUAGGAUUAACGCAGGGUGGAUGAAAUGGCGACAGGUCACAGCCACAACGUGCGAUCCCCGAAUGCCAAUAAGGCUGAAGGGGAAAAUUUACAAAUCGAUCAUCCGACCUGUCGUCAUGUAUGGAAGUGAAUGCUGGGCCGUCAAGAAGAAGGAUGAAAAUAGACUGCAUGCGAAUGAAAUGAGAAUGUUACGAUGGAUGUGUGGUGUGACAAGGAUGGAUAAGAUAAGGAAUGAGUAUAUAAGAGGAAGCCUGAAAGUAGCGCCAGUGGUAGAAAAGGUGAGAUGA